GUGGUGUCCAUGGGUCUGUACCUGGGGGAGUCGGCCUAUCUCAGGAGCAGCUGGAACAUUCUUGACGGUUUCCUGGUCUUCGUCUCUUUGAUUGACAUCGUGGUGUCCAUGGCGGGUGGCGCCAAGAUUCUCGGCGUGCUGCGCGUCCUCAGGCUGCUCAGGACACUGCGUCCCCUCAGGGUGAUCAGCCGGGCCCCAGGCCUGAAGCUGGUCGUUGAGACCCUCAUCACGUCCCUCAAACCCAUCGGCAACAUCGUCCUCAUCUGCUGCGCCUUCUUCAUCAUCUUCGGCAUCCUCGGCGUUCAGCUCUUCAAAGGGAAGUUCUACUACUGCGUGGGUUUCGACGUGAAGAACAUCACUAACAAAUCCGACUGUCUGGCUUCCAACUAUCGAUGGAUCCACCACAAAUACAACUUUGACAACCUCGGACAGGCUCUGAUGUCCCUCUUUGUGCUGGCCUCCAAAGACGGGUGGGUUAACAUCAUGUACCACGGCCUGGACGCGGUGGGAAUCGACCAGCAGCCGCUGACCAACAACAAUCCCUGGAUGCUGCUCUACUUCAUCUCCUUCCUCCUGAUCGUCAGCUUCUUUGUCCUCAACAUGUUUGUGGGCGUGGUGGUGGAGAACUUCCACAAGUGUCGGCAGCACCAGGAGGUGGAGGAGGCCAAGCGCCGCGAGGAGAAACGCCAGCGGCGCAUGGAGAAAAAGAGGAGAAAGGCCCAGAAGCUGCCAUACUACGCCUCUUACGGCCGCACCCGCCUGGCGAUCCACACUCUGUGCACCAGCCACUAUCUGGACUUGGUCAUCACCUUCAUCAUCUGCAUCAAUGUCAUCACCAUGUCCCUGGAGCACUACAGCCAGCCGCAGUCUCUGGAGACGGCACUGAAGUACUGCAACUACUUCUUCACCUCCACCUUUGUGAUCGAGGCCACUCUGAAGCUGGUGGCCUUCGGCUUUCGACGCUUCUUCAAGGACAGAUGGAACCAGUUGGACCUGGCCAUUGUGCUGCUCUCGGUGAUGGGCAUCACCCUGGAGGAGAUUGAGAUCAAUGCCUCCCUCCCAAUCAACCCCACCAUCAUCAGGAUCAUGAGGGUGCUCAGGAUAGCACGAGUGUUGAAGUUGUUGAAAAUGGCCACAGGGAUGAGAGCUCUGCUUGACACAGUGGUCCAGGCUCUUCCUCAGGUGGGGAACCUGGGUCUGCUCUUCAUGCUGCUGUUCUUCAUCUAUGCUGCUCUGGGAGUGGAGCUGUUCGGAGAACUGGUGUGUAACGCCGACUACCCCUGCGAGGGAAUGAGCCGCCACGCCACCUUUGAAAACUUCGGCAUGGCCUUCCUCACUCUCUUCCAAGUUUCCACCGGGGACAACUGGAACGGCAUCAUGAAGGACACGCUCAGGGAGUGCCCUCCAGGCCGCCCGGGCGGCGACUACGGCUGCCACGCCGGACUGCAGUUCAUCUCUCCCAUGUAUUUUGUGUCCUUCGUGCUCACGGCUCAGUUCGUCCUGAUAAACGUGGUGGUGGCCGUGCUCAUGAAGCAUCUGGACGAUUCCAACAAGGAGGCGCAGGAGGACGCCGAGAUGGACGCCGAGAUCGAGCUGGAGCUGGCUCAGGGAGGCCUGUGCUGCAUGAUGGGAGGCAUCGGAGCCAUCGCUGGGGCCACGGGCGGCCCCGCCAGUGGGGCCGGUGGGGCCAGCGUGGGCGGAGGAGUGUCUGGUGCCAUCACGGCGGGGACGGUUGCAGGACCGAGCGGCGUAGUGAUGGCACCGCUGCGAGAUGGAGGAGGAGGCUGUGCAGCUCAUGAGGGACACGCACACCAUCGCUGUCGGCUCUACUCUCCGGCUCAGGAGAGCCAGUGGCUGGACAGUGUGUCUCUGCUGAUUAAGGACUCGUUGGAAGGGGACAUGAUUGACAACCUCUCCGGUUCAGUUUUCCACCACUACUGCUCCGCUCCCGUCUGCAAGGACUGCAAGAGUCACCUGCAAGAGAUCCGAUUGGCUGAGGUGGAGCAGGCGUCUCUCAUGUCGGAGCAGCUGUCAGACAAGUCAUCGUCCCCGGCGCUGCCUGAUGACCUCAGCCUCGACGAACACAGCGGCUACCAGCUGGUCCGAGACAGACAGAUGGGCAGCAGUCACUCCCACAGUUCAGAGGAGCUGCCCCCCCAGGUGGGCUACACAGGGCUUCGUCCGUCCAGCUCAGGAAGCGAGGAGGGGACGCAGGAGGAGUUGUUUGAGGUCGGCGUCCAACCUCAGUUAAAUCCCCCCUCGCUGGAGCAGCAAAGCCCGACGCACUUCACAGACGGAGAUGGAGAAAGUUGCAGUGGAGGAGGUGGUGUUGGUGGUGGUGGUGGUGGGUCGUCGCCCCUCUUCCACUUACCAGCAGACUUCUUCCACCCGGCUGCCGCGGCUCAUCCGGGGAGUCCGGGGAACAGCGUCGCCCCAGGAGACCGGGGGGCUUCCAUGUUGGCCUCUCCAGCCUCCUGGGCGUCCCUCCGCUCACCCGGAGCCAACAGCAGGCCCCUGAGCUCUCAG